AUGCUGGCUGCGAUUCGGAGAAUGACCACAGUGGCUGGAAAAGCUGCACGUCUCACCAGAUUCUCACUUCAUGCUCCAAAACACGUAGAGGUGGAAUUUGACGAUGGUAGAAUCUUCAAACUGUCGGCUGAAUUUCUCAGAAUAAAUAGUCCUGCAGUUGAUGGGAAGAUUAGGUCAAUUGGCGGUGAAAAGGUGAUAUCUGGGAGGCGUCACGUGGGAAUCAUGUCUGCAGAACCAGUGGGAAACUAUGGAGUGAGGCUCAAUUUUGAUGACUUGUAUAAGACUGGCAUUUAUUCCUGGGACUAUUUCUAUCAUCUAGGGAGCAACAAGUUUACCCUUAUGAGAACUUACAUCAAAACUUUGAAGAAAUAUGGACUAAAUAGGGAUCCAAGAGGAAUGAAAUGA